AACUACUCGCGCAUACCUCUAUGGAUUACAACCAAAACACAUACGACUUUUUUCUUCUUCUUCUUCUUCUUCUUCUCCACCCCUCUUUCCUCCCACUUCUCUCCUUCCAAAUUCCCAAAAGUUUCCCAAAUUUCUACAUGUAAAAAGAUUCAAAAACAUUGAAUUUUGGAUCAUGGGUUGUGGGAAUUUCUUCUUCACUUUGAUUAUAACCUUUUCGGUUGCUCUAAUCACAUACAACAUCAUUAUUUCGGCCAAUGCUCCACUCAGGCAAGAGCUUCCAGGUUCGUCGCAAGGGGUUCUUUCUGUCGACCCCAUCAUCAAGAUGCCCGGUGAUAGAAAGUCAGCUUCCGCCAGCAAGAAGAGGCUGUUUCAUACUGCAGUUACUGCCUCUGAUUCUGUUUAUAAUACAUGGCAGACUAGGAUCAUGUAUUAUUGGUUUAAGAAGAUGAAAAAAAAUGGUGGAGUUAAUUGUGAAAUGGGUGGAUUUACGAGGAUCUUGCAUUCUGGAAAGGCUGAUAAGUUUAUGGAUGAGAUCCCUACUUUUGUUGCUCAGCCACUCCCCCCUGGUACAGAUCAGGGUUAUAUAGUCCUAAAUAGACCUUGGGCAUUUGUGCAAUGGCUUCAACAAGCAGAGAUUAAGGAAGACUAUAUCUUGAUGUCAGAGCCAGAUCAUGUUAUCGUUAAACCAAUACCAAAUUUGUCUAGAGACGGCCUUGGAGCAGCAUUCCCCUUCUUUUAUAUUGAACCUAAAAAGUACGAGUCGGUUCUUAGAAAGUUCUUCCCCGAAGACAAGGGCCCGAUAACCAAUAUUGAUCCUAUUGGAAAUUCGCCCGUUAUUGUUGGGAAGGAAUCGCUUAAAAAGAUCGCCCCCACGUGGAUGAACGUGUCGUUGGCAAUGAAAAAAGACCAUGAAGCUGAUAAGGCUUUCGGUUGGGUCCUCGAGAUGUAUGCUUAUGCUGUUUCAUCUGCAUUCCAUGGUGUUGGUAACAUCUUACACAAGGACUUCAUGCUCCAGCCGCCAUGGGACACGGAAAUUGGCGAUAAGUUUAUAAUUCACUACACAUACGGAUGCGACUAUACUAUGGAGGGUAAGUUGACAUAUGGAAAGAUCGGGGAGUGGAGAUUUGACAAAAGAUCGUUCGAUACCUUCUAUCCUCCAAGAAACCUUCCACUUCCUCCACCUGGUGUCCCCGAAAGUGUGGUAACGCUUGUGAAAAUGGUGAAUGAGGCCACCGAAAACAUCCCAAACUGGGGGCCUUAAGAUGGUCGGCCAAUGUUUAAACUAUUUGCAGGCGGGAGAUAAGGUGUAUGUAUAUUCAUCUGUCCUCUUCCUCUUAACAACAUACGAUCUCCAUCUGUUGUUAACAGAGUUUGAUCACAUUAGAGCUAUUUUUGGGCUAACAUAAAAACACUCGUUAUGGAGGAAUUAUAUUGCGUUUUCGGGUAAAUCUAUUUCGGGGUCAAAACAUCUGUUUAGAAGACAAGCCAUAUAUGGGUUCAAGUUAUAAUCAAAGUCCAGUUUUUAUUCAU